GGUGGAAACUAAUUCUUUGUCUCUCCUUGAUCUUCCACUGUUGGAAAGUGUGGGAGACAUGAUGCUACGGAUUGAUCCAGAUUACUUUUUCCAAUCUGACUGCACAAUUGGUGAUUUAGCUCCUGAUGCAGUAAUGCAGUGCUGCUGUGAACUACUACAUUCUUCUGUGAUUCCACUUCAGCUCACAGCUUAUCAUAUAUUAACCAGACUGGUCCCAGGAUUGAUUAACUUGGACACACCUGCAGCAUUUGCUGCUGCUGUGGAUAAAGACUGUGAUGGACUGAGCCUAGCAAAGUUGCAGAACUCUGUACAGCAGAUGCAAACUGUUGUGGACACCAUGCUACUGGGUAUUCGUUUGGGAAUAGUUGCACAGUGUGUCCAUUUACUGAUGCCCAUACCUAUACAAUGGCAUAUUUUCUGCUUUGGACUGUCAUCCUUGAAAUGUGUGGGUUAGCCAUCCCUGAGCUGCGCUAUCAGUAUGCAACCUUUCUUAGGAACUCAGGUUUCUUAAGGAGUCUACUUCAAAAUGUGUUUCGACUGAUGCCUGUACAAGUGUUACAGGGAACAGACCCUAAAUAUAAAGUUCAUAAGGCGUCAGAAAUGUUCACUUCACCUCCAUCUCUGGCAUUUUCCCAGGCAUACAGCAGUGAGAUGUUGGAGUAUAUGUCUUGCUGGGUGUACUGCAGUGCUUUGCAAAGACUGCCGGCAUUGGUGCGGCAGUGGUGGAGUGAACUGGAGCCAAAAGUAGCGAGCCUUGUGGAGCAAGUAAUAUCAGUACACUGUGCACCUCUUUUAUGUGCACAGGAGAUGAAAGUGAUACAAAGCAAAGACAUGCAUCAUGGUAACAUGCUGGUAAUUAACACCACUACAGAUACAAAUCAGGGCUGUUAUAAAUGUUUGGGUG